AUGAAGAUUGCCGCCCAAAAGACGAAAGCAAUGAUGAUUUUUGAGGACCGGAAACAUCGGGUGACAUCGACCUCAUUCGAACCAUUUUACUUCACCGAGGAACUCAUCACUUCUCUGGGUCCAAGAGCUCCAGCACACAUUUGGGAAACCCCUUUUCUCCUAAAUGGAAGGAAUCUGAAAUCACACACAACAGCUGCUAACUUUCUUCAUGAAGUGUGUAGUGGUCUGGCUACCAAGAAAGCUGCUUUACCAGGACACGAGCAGUCAGUGGACUACGAGGUUUCCAAAGCUCCUGAGAACAUAGGAGUAGAAGGUAAAAAAAUUGAUUUCAGUUGUAGAAUUUUGUUCAUAUUCACAUCACUCAAAUCCCGGCAUGACCAUUAG